ACGUAUUUCUUCUUCUCCCAUUCAGACAGAGCAGUUUCUUAUUAUAAUAAAUAAAUAAAUUGACUCGCCCAUUUCUUUGGAUUCAUUGCCAUGAACGCCCUUGCAGCUACCACCCGUAACUUCCGCCAGGCCGCCCGCAUUCUUGGCCUGGACUCUAAAAUCGAGAAAAGCCUCCUCAUCCCCUUCAGAGAAAUCAAGGUUGAGUGCACAAUUCCGAAGGACGAUGGAACUCUGGUCUCUUACGUUGGCUUCAGGGUGCAGCAUGAUAAUGCUCGUGGACCUAUGAAAGGAGGAAUCAGAUACCAUCCUGAGGUUGACCCUGAUGAAGUGAAUGCUCUUGCUCAACUGAUGACAUGGAAGAGUGCUGUAGCAGAUAUUCCUUAUGGUGGGGCUAAGGGUGGGAUUGGGUGUACCCCCAAGGAUUUAAGUAAGAGUGAGUUAGAACGCCUUACACGCGUCUUCACCCAAAAGAUUCAUGACCUAAUUGGAGUCAACACUGAUGUUCCAGCCCCUGAUAUGGGCACUAAUGCACAGACUAUGGCUUGGAUUUUGGAUGAGUAUUCAAAAUUUCAUGGACACUCACCUGCUAUUGUUACAGGAAAACCCAUUGAUCUUGGGGGCUCCCUGGGAAGGGAGGCUGCAACUGGACGCGGCGUGGUUUUUGCCACAGAAGCUUUACUCUCUGAGUAUGGAAAAUCAAUCAAGGAUUUGACCUUCGCAAUUCAGGGAUUCGGAAAUGUAGGAUCUUGGGCAUCAAAGCUUAUUCAUGAAAGAGGCGGUAAGGUUGUUGCAGUUAGUGACAUAACUGGAGCUGUCAAGAACCCCAACGGCAUCGAUAUACCUGCUCUCAUCAAUCAUAAAGAGACAACAGGAAUGCUGACUAAUUUCAGUGGUGGGGAUGCCAUGGACUCAAAUGAGUUGCUAACACAUGAAUGUGAUGUUCUUAUACCCUGUGCUCUGGGUGGAGUGCUUAACAGAGAAAAUGCCGGGAAUGUGAAGGCGAAGUUCAUUAUAGAAGCUGCUAACCACCCUACUGAUCCCGAAGCUGAUGAGAUAUUGUCUAAUAAAGGAAUAGUAAUUCUACCAGACAUAUAUGCAAAUUCUGGAGGUGUGACUGUGAGUUACUUCGAGUGGGUUCAGAAUAUUCAAGGGUUUAUGUGGGACGAGGAGAAAGUGAAUAGGGAGCUAAAGAAGUACAUGUCAAAGGCAUUCCAGAACAUAAAGAGCAUGUGCCAGUCACAUGAUUGCAACCUUAGGAUGGGUGCAUUCACUCUCGGAGUCAAUCGCGUUGCUCGUGCUAGUGUCUUGAGGGGCUGGGAAGCUUAAUUCACUUCCUUGCCCUUUUCUUCUGCAUAUUACUAUCAUACUUCAUUGAUAUAUAUAGUUGGAAAUUUAAUAAGCUGUGGAAAAGCCUAGAUGAUUUGCUUGUUCUUUUCAUUAAGAACGCAUGAAAUUUCACUGACAAAUUGGACUAUACUACACAAUGUGUAUGUGACAUUCAUUUCAAAUACAUUGUAGACAGAUUAUUACAAAUGGUUGGAGUUCUUCAC